AGAACGAGUAUCGAGGAUGUAUGAUAUUGAGCAAGUUAAUUAACACAAUUUAAAUCUGAUUUAAACAUAUCUGAUUUGUUAAUUCAGAACUUACGAAAAUCGUGUUUACACUAUACGUUCUCUAAUGUAUAGGAUCUAUUGUUAAACAUUAAUAACAUUUUUAAAUCAAGGAAAUGUGGCGUGUUUUUUUUUCUUGGUAACGUUUACGUUUGUCAGCGAAGCGUGCAGGCCAGUGGUUGUGAAUUCCCCCAAUGAGUUGAUACAACGGCGCUGUAAACAGUUAUUUACAAGUAGGAUUGCCGUUUGGUGACACGAGCAUCUUAUCGUUCUUGCGAAUACCUUAAGCUUUUUGAGUACAUAGCGGCACGGAGGAUCAUAAAGCUGGGAGUUGGGAUAUCGCGACAACAGCAUUGGAUUCACUGGCACGCUCGAAUUAUGGAUUUAUUCUCUGGACUUACGUUUAUGUUCUUCAUGGGCAUAUGUCAAGGACAGACAACGUUGUAUGCGCAAAUACGGAUGUCUGGCAUCACUGGAAAGGUUACAUUCCAACAACCACAGCCUGGUCAAAAUGUCAUCAUAGACUUUGACAUUCCCAGUCUGCAAUCUGGCAGCUAUAUGUUUGAGCUGCGAGAGUUUCGGGUGAACUACGACAGCCCCAACCCGUGUGAGGGUAUUGGCGAUGUCAAUGGAGAAGCAGCGUUUUCUUUCAGGCAAAGGUCAUCUGUCUGUUGAAAACAUAGACCUGUCUGGACCCAAGUCCAUUGAAGGUCGAUCGAUAGUGAUCAGAAACGAUACAACUCUCAAAGUAUGCUCCACAGUCGAAGCAGACGUUGAAUAUGUUACAGCAUUCGCCAACUUCCCAGCAACCAUAGGGGGCAGUGUUGUAUUCAGACAGCAGCUUGACAAACCAGACGCUGACACUUUCAUGUAUUUGAAUCUGUACUGGGUCAGCUUAAACAGAGAAACAGAACCACUCGACUGGCAGAUUAAUAACGGUAUUGUUAGCAUGGAUGUUGAAGCAACAACGACAUUAGAGAACAGGUGUAGCACGACCAUUGGAAAUCUGUACAACCCUACACUUGCUAAUGAGGUUGGUUGCUCUGUAGAUAACCAAUCACCUUGCAGCAUAGGAAAUCUGACAGGCAAACAUGGGAAUGUCACUAUCAUUCGAAUGUCCCCAUUUAAAGCGUUCUACACUGACCAAAAUCUUCCUCUGAAAGGUAAAAAUUCUAUCAUUGGAAAGACCAUUGCUUUUCGGAAAGGCAAUAAGUAUGUUGGGUGCGCAAAUAUCAUCCAGUACCCCAGUAAACAUGGAGAGGCUAUGUUUAGUGACGAUGGUGUCUCAGGCAGUGUGAUUAUGUCUCAGCAGUCACCAUUGGAUGUGGCAGUUAUUAAACUGAACCUGACAAAUCUGGGCAACAAAGCAGGGGGAUACCAUGUUCAUGUUUGGCCAGUUCCCGUUAAAACCUCCGCUGGUGGCCACUGCAGUGAUUCAGACGUCAGCGGCCAUUUUAAUCCCUUCAAUGUUAAUGUGAAUAAUAACUAUCCCGCUUUAAACUCGACAACUCCUGAUCGUUAUGAGGUAGGUGACUUUAGCGGGAAGUUUGGCUCUUUGGCAAACAUGAAUACGGUUGUGAAGAAUUUCUUUGACCCUACACUGCAGCUAUUUGGGAAAAAUUCCAUUCUUGGUCGCAGUUUGGUCAUUCACUACGCAUCAGAUGGAUCUCGUUGGAUAUGUUCAACAAUAAGGCACAAGGAAAAUGUUCAAAUGACAACGGCGUAUGCAAAAUUCACCUAUCCUGUUAUAGGCAUGCUUGUACUACGCCAGCCCAAGGACCAGUGGUAUGCUGAUACUCAGAUCUACGUGGAAUUGGACUACGGAACUGAUUCAAGUACAACAACCGUGAACCAUAACUGGCAUGUCCAUCAGUAUCUGGCAGGCCCUGAUUUUAUGGCCCAAGAAUCUCGUUGCAGUUCAGCAGGCGCCCAUUUUAAUCCGUAUGGUGUGGAUAUGAGUUCUAAUUACAGUAUUGAGUGCAACUCUGAAAAACCAUUUCGCUGUGAGCUGGGGGACCUGUCGGGAAAGCACGGUAAUGUUAAUAUUCGAAAAUCUAGUGGUGGCAAGCAGAAAUAUUUUUUUACAGACAUACAGCUUCCUCUAACGGGACCAUUGUCAAUUAUAGGAAAGUCUUUAACUAUACAUACCGAAAAUAAUGGUAGUCCAAGAUUGUCAUGUGCCAACAUCAUUGAAAGAAAAAACAAAGUUGUUGAAGUUUCUAAGUGGCAAGCAUCAAAAGGCCAGGGCACACCAACGGGAAAAGUAAUUAUUUCCCAGGAUGCAAUUGCCUGCCUUUCAGGAAUUUCCACGGUAACAGUACAGCUGUCAGGUCUCAUAUCAGGCCUCGACAACUUCCAUAUUCAUGAGUUUCCAACUGCAACGGUUGUUGCGGACAAAGUAUGCCAAGCAGAUGACGUGGGCGGCCACAUGAAUCCUUUCAAAGCCAACUUUCCGUAUGCAGGUGCUACACCCGGCACUCAUGACAUGUACGAAGUUGGAGACCUGAGUGGGAAAUAUAGCCCAAUAACUACGACCACAUACUCCGCAAGUGUUAACGAUAAAACUGUUGAGCUUGAUGGGCCAUACUCAGUGGCUGGGCGUUCUGUUGUCAUUCACAAGGGUGCCCAGAGAUGGGCCUGUGGAAACCUGGUGGAAGUCUCUGAUAGAGGCAUCAUGGUAGCUGCCCGAGCAGACUUCACUGGUGAUGUGAUGGGAUAUGUUUACAUGGAACAAUACCACUACCCUAAUGGAGACAAAAGUCCCACAUUGAUUGUGGUGGAACUGAGUUACCUGAAUUCCACGGAUCACAUCACAAACAAAGAUGUGACGGCAGAUCACAACUGGCAUGUUCACGAAAGUCGGGUUGCCCCUGGCGACAAGACCUGCAUGAGCUGCGGACCACACUACAACCCAUAUAAGGUGGACUUGAACAAUGGGUAUACCCAGUGCAGCAUGGACAACCCUCUACGCUGCGAAGUCGGCGAUCAGUCAGGGAAAAUGGGAAAAUACGAUAUCGGCAGAGGAAAGAGAGCGUUUACAGACGUAAAUCUUGAUUUGGAGGGACAAUUUUCAGCGGGCAAGCGGUCAGUGGUGUUCCAUGUAGCCAAUGGAGGAGCAGGGAGACUAGCCUGUGCUGACCUUGUACCCACAGGAAUGUCUGCAAUGUCAUACGAUAUGGCCUUCUUGCUUACCAAUUAUGAUAGGACUGAAGUAGAGGAGAGUGUAGCACUUUCUCUGAACACAGCCAUAGACAAUGUGCACGCAGUGCCCUUGCUGGAUGGAGUGAGCUGCUCUCAUGUCCGGGUCUACUUCCUUGGCAAAGACAAGGGCACCCUUAAAGCUCAGUUUGAGGAUGUGAUGAUUAGCAAUAACCAUGCUCACCUUGGCAGAUUUACCCCACAUGUUCGCUGCAUGACAAGUAAAAUGAGUCGUGAGUUGGUGUCCAUAGUGCUCAUGCUACUAUGCCUGCUUGUAUCCAAGCUCAGAUAGAUAUCGCUGCUACAAACUAGCGGGAAGUGAGACCGCUGGAUGGUCUCCCUUGUGCCACUUACAUACGCACUAGACUGUAGUAUAAAAUGCUCAAUAUCUCAGACUGUGCCUAUCUAUUAUGGCGCACCAAAGGGGUCGCAACUUUAACUUCUGCUGCAGCAGAAUAAAAUCCUGCUCGACCAGCACUUAUUUUUAGAUUAUGGCAUCAGCCAAUCAGAAUCAGAUUACACAUAGGCAAAAAUCCUGUAACGUUGGAGCAAUUUUGCACGUUCCUACAUGACUUAUAGAUUUUCAAGCUUAAUUAUUAUUUUAUGAAACACUACAAAAAAAGGAUGAGAAUUAAUAAUAAUUGAU